UUCGCAGAGCUGGUAACACGGGCUGGACUGACAGACUUGUAUAAUUCCAACGGCCAAUUCACAGUGUUUGCCCCAAACAACACAGCUUUUGAUAAUGCACCUAAUGAUGCAUAUAACAGAAUUAGAAACUUGCCUGCCAGGUCACCAGAACUUCAACAAUUUGUCAAAUUUCACACUUUGAUAAACAAUAUGCUGAACACAGGGAAUAUGCAGGAUAAUCAAGUAUACCAGAGUAUGUCAGACAACGGGGAAAGGAUCUUCAUCAACCGCCGUCAGCGUACAUCAUCAUUCUCGAAUACAUAUUUUGGCCCAACAGUUUACUUUGUAAAUGGAGCAGAAAUUUCUAAUGAUCAGAAGGAUCUGGUCGGCUCUAACGGCGUGGUUCAUGGUCUGUCACGCUACAUUGGUAUCUCGAGUAUAAAGAUGGCGUAUGGUUACAUUUCUGAUCCUGAUGAUUCAUCUAUAAACACAAGCGAUUUUUAUGAUCUGAUAUCAAGAUAUCUACAGGAUGGGUACUAUAGCACACUGUCAUAUCUCUCAGACCGCAACAAGAAAGUCACAUUUUUUGUCCCAAAUAACAAAGCCAUGGAAAAAAUACCUUCUUCCAAGCUUAGUUACCUUCAACAGAACCCGAGAGUAUUGGACCAGAUCGUUAAGGCCCAUAUCAUUCCCGACAGAGUAGUGUUUACGCCAUAUAUCAACCAUAAUGAAGGCUUUAACAACCGACUCAAUCGUUUAGUCCGAUUCCGACGCCCUUAUGGAUACCAAGUCUAUGUAAACAGUGAAGGAGUGGAUGCUUCCAUAGUGCGAGGAAAUAUCACAGUAUUUAAUGGAGUUGUCCAUAUUGUUGAUCGUAUGCUUGGUUAUGUGUACCACUCUGUUCGUGAAACAAUCACUCAGGAGUCACCUAACUUUGACCAAUAUCUCAACAAGGCCCAGCCAGACACAAGAGAUGCUCUUGUACAAGCCUCGGGUGUCAAUGUCUUUGUUCCUGUCGGCGAUGCUUUCACCAAAAUACAGGGAGUACCUGGUGUCAAUGUGAUCUCCGACCUUGCACAAGUGGACAAGAUGAUUCGAUUCCACAUCUUAAAAGCAUUCCAGGAUAUAGAGAUCUCGGCUAUCAUUGGAGGUUAUGAAAGUCGCCAGUACCGACAGACUUUAUACCACGGCUGGAAUGUCACAGUAUACAAUGACAGAAAUGAGAGCUGGGUACAAGGAGGCUAUGUCAAGGCACGUGUGGUCCGCCCCGAUUUGAAAGCAACUAACGGAAGAGUCCAUCUCAUCGACUCUAUUUUAGGAAUUCCUUAUUUGGACAUGCCCAUGUUGAUAUGUGAUGAUUUGUGGUUACUGAGAACUUACGAUUACAUCCGUUCAGUAGGCAUGAAAAGCUAUUUAACAGAUAAUCGCUUUACGGCCAGACGUUGUUACUUUGAGAUGUACGGCUACCCUCCAGGUUACGAUUACAUAAGCAGCUCAUAUGGCAAUAAUAAUUAUGGCAACAAUAACUACGGAAACAACAACUACGGAAACAACAACUACGGAAACAACAACUACGGAAACAAUUACCAACAGACGACAUACAACCCCUACAGUCAACAGGCCAACAAUCUGAAUCCCGGUAGCCAGAACUCGCAGUAUGACAUGGGUACAUGUAACGGGUGUACUUUUACAUUUUUUGUGCCAAAUUCCACAGCGAUCGAUUAUUUCCAGAACACAAAUAUUGGGAUGAAGAUCAUGAGAGAUACACAGAGACUUCAAUAUUUGUUCAAGAGGCUGUUGUUUGAAGGACAGCGCAUCUCUUUAGAGAAAUUGUCAAACACAAACCAUGUCUUCACAGCUAAGACAGGUGAAUCCAUCCGUAUAUUGAAGUCUAUGGAUAGAGAUGUAAAGAUCCAGUUCAGUGGUGUAACAGCUAACGUCAUCAGUAUGGAUAUCGGUGCCACGAACGGUCUCAUGCACAUCAUUGACCGUCUGUUGUACGUCCAGGAAGACUUGACAAGAGAUGUGUCACGUGGUGCUGACGUCAGAUACAGCCUCCUUGUCAUAGUAACCAUGACACUUUUGAGUAUCUUCCUCACUAGACACCGAAGAGUGUAG